AUGGCCAACAGCCCCAAUACCACUAGCCCUGAGGCCGUCAGACGUGCUCUGGAGUCCGCCAGAAACAGCGACAGCGGCCAGGUUGACCCAAGAGCAAAUGCCGUCCUGGAGGCCGCCAUCAACGAGCUCUGGAGAAGAAUACAAACCCAGCCAGACUCCUAUGUUCUCAGCCGAGAUGAGUUCUCUUUGUUCAACUACUUCCGGGACCGAUUCAGAAACUCCCCUGUUGCUCAGCAUGCUGUUGAGCGCUUCUGGAACAACUUCAGGGGCAACCCAUCUGAGAUUGACGGCUACCUGCAGCGCCGUGCAUGA